GCCUUUGAUGGUCUGGGUAUUGGGGUUCUGGUUAGAACAAGGGGAGGUGUAGGGAUCUGGCUCUUGGUUUGCACUACACUCCGGGUGUGUCUUUGGUUGAGUAGAAAGAUCAUGGCCCCAAAACCGAAAGCUCCCGCACCUGCCCCGGGUGCCCCACCUCCCCCUGCUGCCCCGGGUGCCCCACCUGCCCCGGGUGCCCCACCUGCCCCAGGCGCCCCAGGGGAAGCGCCCAAAGGGCCGGAGACUAAUCAGACGCCGGAAGAGCUGGCAUUUUACGCCCCAAAUCACAAAUGUUUGGCCAUCUUCGCUAUAAUUUGUUUCCCUCCCUUGGGACUUGCGGCUUUCUACUACAGCAACCAGACCACAGAGGCUAACCAGAAGAGCCAGUGGGAAGAGGCUUACAUCAACUCAGGCAAAACUGGUUGGCUGGCUACAUUUGCCAUACUCAUCGGUUUAGGCCUCCUUUACAUCUAUGCCCUAUAUAUCUGAAGGCCAGACCCAGCAGCCCAGGGGGCCACUCCCCAACAGAGCCACCCACCAAGAAAAACACUGCCCAUCCAAGUCAGCCACCAUGCAAGAAACUCCACAGCUGAGACAUCCCCUAGCCGAGAAACCCACCAACCAAGGAACUCAACAUUCAAGCAACCAACUAGCCCUGGAACACGCAGACCACCUGCCUGUACUACGCCAGCUCCCUCAGCCUCCAGAGCUAUCUUCAAUACCACCUUAGGGAUCUACACUUCGUGCCCUAGAUCCCCUUAGCUCCUUGAAACUGAGCUUCUCUUUCAGAGAAAUGUCUAUUUAAACGAAUAAAAUUGAAUGGAAUGUUCUGGA